AUGGCACUAUUUUGCUGCAGCAGGUUAGCCAGCAAUUCUAUGUUGGGAAACUUGGCAAAAUUUCGAACUGCUAUAGGCACCGCAACGUAUGCCCAAGCCGCAUCUAUUCCCAAAAUUACAUUCAAAAAGUUUGAACCGCCUGUAGAGGAACAUCAUGAUAUCCGAAAUGCUAAACUGAAUAGACCCUUGUCACCUCAUUUAACGAUCUACAAAUUCCAGCUGACCAGUGUUUUAUCAAUUACACAUAGAACUGCAGGUAUAAUUCUUUCUGGUUAUGCUUCAGCCCUCGGGUUGGGAGCUUUAGUGCUGCCGAAUGAUAUUUCUCAUUAUAUUACAAUGAUCGAAGGCUUGAAUCUGUCUCCUGCAACUAUAUUUUUAGCCAAAGUAGCCCUUGCUUCCCCAUUUGGCUACCAUUUUGCUAAUGGAAUUAGACAUUUGUACUGGGAUACAGCUAAAGGUUUGACAAUUAAGGAAGUGUAUACUACAGGAUAUGCUAUGUUGGCAGGAACUAUUGCGAUCACUUUACUCCUUGCCGCAUUA